CAGAAGCGACUAAAGAGCUCAAUUGACUUCUCAAUAAAUAUAGAAUCAUUCCAUAUUAAUGUGAACUCGGCCCGGCCCGUGUACGGUAUCUCGAAAACCAUUUGCAAGACUACAACUACACACCGCCCUUGUUCAAACGAUGCCUGCUAGCUCUGGAACACGGAUAGUGUUUAGCCGACGCGCAUGUCCAAUCGCCGGACCGAUGUAGUUCGUGACAGCAGCGUGCAGUGAUAUUGUUGUUCGACCAGUACCGCGUGACAUCACAGACAGUGUUUGUGUGUGCGUGCAGGUCCUGAUUGCUGACGGUGGAAAAACCGACUACUGCCGAACAGGGAAACUUGUUCUGUGUGAUAUGUCUUUUACCCAAAUCGCUGCUGGCCUGUUACCGACCUCUGCUGUUACUCGACCAACAUCACAGAUGUCAAGUUCAUCUCCGCCAUCGGCGGCACCAAGGGCGUGUUGUGAAAAUGGCCGCCCCAUAAUGACCGACCCCCACACCGGACAAACUAUUUGCUCCUGCCAGUACGGCACCGCCCUGUUGAACUAUCCCCGGGUCCCGGGACUAGCCGAAAGUGUGUACACCGCCUCCGCCUAUGCAGCGGCGGUAUCCCAGGGUUACGUCGCCCUAGGGGCGGAGGGGUCGGCCUUCUAUUCACCUUUGGGAGGAGGUCCGUACGACCUAAAAGACGCACCGGAGGCGUGGCGCACACUGGCGCAGUCCGGUUUUCCAUACGACCCUGCAAUGGCUGCCGUGUACCCGUACGGCACUGGCUACGGCGGCUUGGAUUUAAACGCAAGACGAAAAAAUGCGACAAGAGAGAAUACAAACACUCUAAAAGCGUGGCUGUACGAACACAGGAAAAAUCCCUACCCGACGAAAGGGGAGAAAAUCAUGCUGGCCAUCAUCACGAAGAUGACCUUGACCCAGGUGUCCACGUGGUUCGCCAACGCCCGGCGACGGCUGAAGAAGGAGAACAAGAUGACGUGGUCGCCGAGGAAUCGAUCGGAGGACGGCAGCGACAGCAUCGACGGUCACGGCGACGGCGACGGGGACUCCGACAAGGAAGACCACAACGACACGUCGUCGAAUCUCGGCAACGCCGACGACAUGGACAGGCUGGGAGUCGACCGCGGGAUGCUGUCACCGGACGAAGAUAUUUCUGACCAGGAAGACGGAAAAGACCGAAUCAUAAACGUGGAGGACGAGGACUCGAGCCACAGUUUCGACCACCGUCUGGGCAGCGAGGCCUUGCUGCUACAGAGGCGAGUUCUCCUCUCUCAAAGCGACACACGUUUAAAGGAGAACCUGGACAAUUCGGACAGUGACUCGGGCGAAAAGAUCGCCGACCAGUCUCCUCCCCCUCCUCCUCCUUCUUCUCGUAGUUCUAAAGACUGUGAACUCCCGGCAAACGGAAGUGACCGCGUUUCAGCCAGCGCCGACCACGCCUCGCCCUCCAGACCGAAGAUUUGGUCCAUUUCCGAAGUCCUGCAGUCCUCCUCGUCUUCUAGUGGUGGCAGCGGUAGUACCUCCAGCGCGUCAGCAUCCAGACCUGCAUCUAUAUCGUCUCAAGCUCGACCUGUGCCAAGUUCAGGAUACUUCUUUCUCCCAGCGUCUUCAUCCAGCUGGGUGGCAGGACGGUACACGGGCAAUUCCUACCCCCUGUCCCUCUCUCAAACGACUCUGUCUUACCCCUAUUCGUUGUCGACCCACACGGCUUCUAAGCCCGGACUAGGGGCCUCACAUGUGCGCGGACUUGAAAGUUUGAGGGAUGGGGAAAAAGGACUCGGACAAAAUAGUAUGUUGUUCUCACCAGCGCGGGAUAUCGACGGUUUACGUAGCUCAGCCGUCGCUUCCAGUCGGCUGGUCGAGUCUAACAUCUAGUAGAGGGGAUCCGCCUUCUACACGUCAACGUUCUUAAAGCAGCAUUGUCUUCUUCUGUCUCUUCAUUUGUUUUGAAAUCCAUUGAAAAUAUUAUGAUCUUGGCGGUGCACAAGAAAACAAAACGCUUGUGCGACGUCUGCAGGUCAACACUUUUACAACGUGCAGAUUCAACAAUGACAGACACCGCCCAGUGACAGCCACAACGACAGCCCACAACAGAACAACAACACCGUAUCCCUGAGUACACAAGCAAGUCUGUGGAAGAACGGGUAGCAGGCCGAACCGUCUCGCGGACACGCUUAAAAUCCGAUAGCGGGCAAGAAAAUAGUUUCAUGUUGGCACGUGCUGGAUCUUCGCGGGGAAGCAUAUGGGUGUGCACGCGCCAUUCCUGACGGUUUAUUUAACGCCCCCCUUUUUUAGGGGCCAACCAAGUGCAGAUAAACUGCGAAGCGCCCCGGGCUGUCUUUGUCAUGAUCGCACGGUCGCCAAGAGACAAAGGUAACAAUGACCAGAAACAAUGGGUGUGACUUUUUGCCAGGUAUCGUGACUGAAUGGUCAAGGGUCGGACCAGGGUGUUACUGUGGCGAUUCCGAACUGGUCAUUCUCGAUAAGGGGUUGAACCUCUUUUACUUUUUUUUUUAAACCAUCGUAGCGACUCUAUGUGAAAUUUCAACCUCUUGGUACAAAUUUGUGACCAGUGACACCCAGACAUGAAUGAAUGUGGCAGCAAAGAUCGAAAGACGAAUUCUUGUUCUUUUAGGACGCAAGUGACAAGUGCUUAAAUGAUGAUUCUGGCCGUUCACGCAUGGACAUCAGAUUCUUAAAGGACAUUUCAACCAUUGCUCAGAUUUUUAAAAAAGUGACCAUUGUAGUAGCCUGUCGUACCUGCCAACAGCAAAACGCAUUUAAAAACGUUUAAAGAAUUUUAAAAAUAUUUACUUUGAAUAUAUAUUUGUAUAAGCCUUAUUAUGACAAAAUCGAGAAAAACCACUAAGAUGUUCAAUUUUCAACAGAUAUUUUAUUCAUUUUUACAUUAUUUCAUUAAAAUAUCAUUCAGUAAUUUUAAAACAAAUUUCCUUUUUUUUUAAACCGUCAUUUCAAUACUAUAACAUUUCUAACAAUUAUUUUGUCAUUUUGUUUCUGCCUUAUUUCGUACUAAAUAUUAAAUUUCUAUUCCCGGGGGGGUGGGGUGGGGUGGGGGGGGAGGGUGGGAUGGAGGUGGGGGUGUCUUUACUUACAAAAUAUUGAUAUUUUCAAAGGACUCUUCCAAAAUUUAUCAGAUGGUGCGGGGUUGGGGUGUGGAGGUGUAGGGGCAGCAAGAUGCACACUAUUUAUUAAUUUCAAUUAAUUCGUGUUGGAUCUGCCGCAUUUACCCCUCCCCUAUACAUGCAUAUUAUAGUUGCAUUUUUCCUCCCAUCAUUUUACACAUAUAUAAUAUACACAUGGUUACAUAAAUUAUACAUAUAAAAAACAAAUACAAUCAACAAACACAGGGAAAUAAAACUGAAUACACCAUAGCAGAAAAACAUAUCACUAUGCAUCCUUGGUUUUAAAAAUAAUUGUAGACCCUGUGAUGGAUAUAGUUGGUCUAAAACAUAAAUGUAGGUGAUGGAUUUAUAUAUAUAUAUAUAUAUAUAUAUAUAUAUAUAUAUAAAAUUACCUCCCCACCAUUUGAAGAAUUCUGGAAUAGUCCCAAACAUAUAAUAUUGUAAAUGUAUUUCUCAACAUAUGUCAUUUGCUGAUGGCAGGUGGUUACAAGUUUACCGAGGAAGAAGAAAAGGGAAAUGAGUAAAUGUGAAAAAGAUAGCUUUCGAUUAAUCGUGUCCACCCAAACGGCCAAUUCGACAUUGUGUCCCCAUUGCUGGUCUGACAAAGCGACAUUUGUGUGGAACUUGAGUUUAACAAGUGCUUGGUUUGACCAAAGAAACAUGAUCGACAUGUAUUUAUUUAUGUUUAGACUUUGCUUUCACGGAUGUCUGUUUUGUCAUGGGAAUAAUUUUCACCACCACAGACGGUAUCCAGGCAACGUCUUGGUGUUAACCAAUGAAUGUAUAUUGAACUUCUUUUUGAGUGUGUCAAAAGUGAUAAAUGUGUUUUUUUUGCAUCUUGAAUGGAAAAAAAAUAAAAAAUCCAUCAAGUGCUAAAUUGUGUCUGUUUGGUCUCAGAAAUCCUUUACUUUUGUGUACAAUAUACAGUUGUUAUCAAACUAAAUGUUCUAUCAUGAAAAAUACACCUUAUUUGAGAAAUG